AUGGACCGCUUGAUUGCUUCUGUUGGCCAAAAAUUGCCGCCUCAGGAAGGGAUUAAAGUGAAUUCAAGAACAAAAGCCUCCAUUCUACAACGAAAGGAUUUCAAUCAAUUGUUACAAAGUGUUGGUGGGAACAUGAGCAAUCUCAAACAGGAAUUGUUAGAUUACAACACGUUCACCGUGGCCGUUCCUGAUAAAGAAAUUAAACCGCAGUACUACAGAAAUCCAUUUGACAUUCCUCGAAAGAAUUUAUUAGAUCAAAUUUCUCGAAUGAGAGUCAAUUUCUUACAGACGUGUCCUUCAAGCUCAAAAUUAUUAGAUGAUGAUCAAGUUCACAGCAUUCCAGUCCAACAAAUGGGUAACUAUCAGGAAUAUCUCAAGAAAAUGCCUGCUAGUCUCCGAGAAAUUGAAACGCAACCUGCACGUCUGCAUAUGUUUGGAAAUCCUUUCAAAGUAAAUAAAAACAUAAUGAUUGAUGAAACUGACGAAGCUGUCUUUGGACAGCCGUCACGAAGCAAGAAACCUUCAACAGAAAGUCCACAGAGUUCUUUACCAAAGAAAAGAAAACCAGGUCCUUUACCGCGAGAUCUUCCCAUUAAGCGACCUGCUUCUCCAUCCCUGCUUUCCCAAGAUCUUUCGCCCCCAGUCAGUCCCAAAGUUGAAAAUAAUAUUGCCAAGGUAGAAAACUCAGCAACAACAGAUGACUCGUCCAUCUCCUCAAACCGUGGAAGCCCUUUGAAAGAAGAGACGCAAGUGGAGACGAACCACAUCCACGAGAGCACGCACCCAACCAAUAGUUCGUCCUUCCAAUUAGACUCUUCCCCAAUGGAAGUCGGCAAAGCCGAUCUGGAUGGAGAAUUGGCACCAGUUCAGGACUUUCCUAAUCAGAACAACAAUUCAAGCAGCAUUUUGGCCACAACAACUGCAAAUCACAGAGUGGAGUCCAAUUCUUGUGGGCCCAAUGCAAAACUUCGCAGCAUCUUGUAUAGAGAACUCAGGAAACCUGGAAAAAAUUACGAUAAGUUCUUUCAUCAUUUAAAUUCUAUGCAAGGUUCGUUAGGCAUCAAAAUAGACUUUAUCAAAGACUUGAUUCGCGAAGCGGGUCGUUUCAAGAAACGGCGACUCAUCCAACACCUGGAACAAUUUGAAAACGCCUUGACAGAAAAUGAGAUCCGACGACCUCGCAAGAUGCAGCAACGAACAAAUGAAUUGCAUCCCUUGAGUUGA